UGGGAAAGCAUGGCUCUUGGAAAUGUUUCUUUCGUGACAGAAUUCAUUCUGAUGGGAUUAACGGACGAACCAGAUCUUCAACUUCCUUUGUUCUUCAUCUUUCUAGUAAUGUAUAUAAUCAUUGUGUUGGGUAACUUGGGUCUGAUGACUCUCAUUGGGCUGAAUUCCAAUCUCCAGACCCCCAUGUACUUUUUCCUCUUUAACCUGUCUUUUGUGGACCUCUGUUAUUCUACCGUGUUUACACCCAAGAUGCUGGUUAACUUCGUGUCAGAGAAGAAUAUAAUCUCUUUCAAAGGGUGCAUGGCCCAGCUUUACUUCUUUUCUUUUUUUGCCAUUUCUGAGUGCUAUGUGCUGGCAUCCAUGGCCUACGACCGUUAUGUAGCCAUCUGCAACCCACUGACGUAUAGCAUCGCCAUGUCCCCUAAGGUGUGUGCCAGCCUGAUGCUUGCCUCCUACCUGAUAUCAUUUUCCAAAGCCAUGAUCCACACUGGAUUUAUGCUGAGACUGACCUUCUGUAAUGCCAACACCAUUAACCACUAUUUUUGUGACAUCCUCCCAGUGCUGCAGCUCUCCUGCACGGACACCUCCAUCAACGAGCUGGUUGUGAUCAUUGUGGUGGGCAUCACCCUCGUUGUGCCCAGUUUCACCAUCUUUGUCUCUUACGGGUUCAUCAUUGCCAGCGUUCUCCGCAUGAGCUCCACGGAGGGCAGGUCCAAGGCCUUCAGUACCUGCAGCUCCCACAUUGUUGCUGUGUCUCUCUUCUUUGGAUCGGCCGCGUUUAUGUAUCUUAAACCCUCUUCUUCUAUGUCUAUGGAUCAGGGGAAAAUCUCCUCUGUGUUUUACACAAGUGUAGUUCCCAUGAUGAACCCCUUAAUCUACAGUUUGAGGAACAAAGACGUUAAACUUGCUCUCAGAAAAACUCUUGGUAGGACAAAAUUUUGA